GCAUGAAUGCAGCAAUAAGGGCCGUGGUUCGCAUGGGGCUGUAUGCCAAUGCAAGAGUAUUCACCAUUUGGGAGGGAUACCAAGGCCUAGUUGAUGGUGGUGAUAAUAUCAAGGAGGUUAGCUGGUAUGAUGUAUCUGGUAUCAUACAACAGGGAGGUACUAUCAUCGGCAGUGCCAGGUGUCAAGAUUUCAGGGUUCGUGAAGGUCGCUUGAAAGCUGCCAAUAACAUGAUUGAAAAAGGAAUCACUAACCUGGUUAUUAUUGGUGGUGAUGGCAGUCUUACUGGUGCCAACUGCUUUAGACAAGAAUGGCAGGGGCUUCUUGAUGAGCUUGUUACAAAAGGGUCUAUCACGGCUGAGAAAGCAGCUCAGCAUAAAACAUUGAACAUUGUAGGGAUGGUUGGAUCCAUUGAUAAUGAUUUCUGUGGGACUGAUAUGACUAUUGGAACAGAUUCUGCCUUGCACAGGAUAUUUGAAGCAAGUGAUGCUAUUUUGACUACUGCCACCAGCCAUCAAAGAACAUUUGUUCUGGAAGUUAUGGGAAGGCAUUGUGGGUAUCUUGCACUUGUUAGUAGUGUUGGAAUAGGAGCUGAUUAUGUGUUUAUUCCCGAGUGGCCUGCAGAAGAUGGAUGGGAAGAAAGGAUGUGUAGACACCUACAUAAGGUCAGGUUGAGUGGUCGUCGAUUGUGCAUAGUGAUCGUAGCAGAAGGAGCACAAGAUGUUCAUGGCAAUGGCAUCACUUCAAACCAAAUUAAAGACAUUAUCAAAGAAAAGUUGAGUCAUGACACUCGUGUGACUGUCCUGGGUCAUGUUCAAAGGGGAGGAGCUGCUUCAGCUUUUGAUAGAGUCCUGUCUUGCCGCAUGGGUGCCGAGGCAGCCCUUGCUGUGCUGGAAGCAAACUCAUACACUCCUCCAUCCGUCAUCUGCCUUGAUGGCAAUAAAAUUGUCAAGAAACCACUUAUGGAAUGUGUUGAGAAGACUCUUGAAGUGCAGAAAGCCAUGAAAAACAGAGAGUUUGAUAAAGUUGUUCAUCUCAGAGGAAGAACGUUUGAGAGGAAUUUACAAAUGUUCAAGAGGCUAAGAAAGGUUGAACCUCCAGCUGACAGCCUAUGUAAUGUCAAAGGAGAUUGUGAUCAGAAGGAUUACAAAUUAGCAGUCAUGAACAUUGGGGCUCCUGCAGGAGGGAUGAAUGCAGCUGUUAGGGCUUUUGUCAGAGGUGCUCUUUAUGAAGGUCAUGAAGUACUUGGUGUAAAAGAUGGUAUUGAUGGAUUACUAGCAGGGCAGGUCCAAAAAAUAGGCUGGCUUGAUGUGGAUGGUUGGUCUGAUGAAGGGGGUGCCAAACUGGGAACUACAAGAACUACUGCUUCAUCUGAUAUGGCUGCUGUAGCAAGACAGUUGGAGAAGUAUGACAUCAAGGGUAUACUCAUUGUUGGUGGAUUUGAGGCGUUUAAAACGUGUUUGGAGAUGGCAGAAGCACGUGACAAGCAUCCUGAAUGUUGUAUUCCUAUAGUAGUCAUCCCUGCUGUAAUCAGCAAUAAUGUACCUGGUACAGACCUGUGUAUAGGUGCAGAUACUGCACUUAAUGUCAUAGUAGAGAUCUGUGACCAAAUCAAGAUGUCAGCCCUUAGUUCUUUCAAGAGAGUCUUUGUGGUCGAGUGUAUGGGAGGGUACUGUGGUUACCUAGCGACUAUGGGUGCCCUAGCUAGUGGUGCUGAUGCAGCUUAUAUCUUCGAAGAGAACUUCACUCUGCAGGAUUUGUUGAAUGAUGUUACUCAUUUGAAAUCGAAGAUGAAAGGCAAGAUUCGUCGAGGCCUUGUUCUUAGAAAUGAAAUGUGUAACAAAAACUAUACGGCAGAUUUUAUUACUAAACUCUUCAGCGAAGAAGGAGAAGGGGUGUUUUCAACCAGGCAGAAUGUGCUGGGUCAUGUACAACAAGGAGGUCAGCCAUCACCUUUUGACCGAAUCCAAGCAACUAGACAGGCCACCAUUGCUGUAGACUGGAUUCUGGAGAAAAUUCGUGAAUGCCGACUGGAAAAUGGUUCAAUCCAAGCUGAUUCUCCAGAUACGGCAUGUGUACUCGGAAUAAAGAAAUCAAUAAGCCCGUUUACACCUGUACAGGAUCUGAAAGAAGUGACUGACUUUGAACAUCGUCUUCCUGACCAUCAAUGGUGGCUGAGCAUUCGACCACUCAUGAGAAUCCUGGCAAAACACAGACAAGUCUACCACCGAGAAGAAGAUAUGUAAAAAUAAGUACUUAUUAUAUCAUUAUUGAUCACGUGACCUUUGCUUAUCUAAGGUUUAAAAAAAUACUGACUGUUAUAAAAAUAUUAUUAAAGACGCCCAAGGCCUAUGAAACGAUGCCCCUCUCGAUUAUUAUUGGUCUCCUUUGGUCUCCUUCACAGCCAAUUAUUAUUGACCUUUUCGAGGUGGCGCGGAAAACUGGUAACUAGUAAUACGCGCACUGAAUCUUGGGGCUGUUUUAGAUUAAAGGGGAACUUGGGUUAAAACUUUUUUUCAAAGUCUUUUUUUGAUGUAUUUGAAGAUAAUAUGACUCAGUUUUGAUUAUGAAAACCAGAUUAGUGAAAAGUUAAGCGUGGGAGCCACUUGCAGCCGAGAAAUGUUGGUUUAAAAGCGAAAAGAACAAUAGGAUUGAGUAAAUGGCGUCAUUUACUCAUAAUCUAGAUGCGUAGUAAACUUGAUAAUUCAGGUAUCCGCAACUUUUGAUUUUGAUUUUUAAAAACUAUAAAUCAAAACAAAAACACGCGUAUCCUAAAACAUAUGAUUCAGCGCGCGUUUAGUUUCCAGUUUACCGCACAACCUCGAAAAGGCCAGUUGGUAUCGACCGCUAAAAGUGAAUGGUAGGUAGGAUCUGGGACCGACACUGAUGACGGUUGGUAGGUCAAUGUUGCUAGGUAGACUAGGUCGCCCUUAACUCCGGUAACAGUUGGUAUGCCUGUGUGGGUGUCAAGGCAAUCGAAGUUUACAAGCAAGGCUUUGAUUUACUAAAAGAUAUUAGAAAAGUUUUGCCUUAAAGUCAUUUAUUUUAUUUAGUUUGUUUUUACUGCACUGGCCUCCCCAAAAGUACCUCGACUGACCAAACAAAGUACUGACUAUUCCUAGUGACCAUUUAUGCAAUAAUCUUGAGAAAUGAAAUCUGCUUUGCACAAGAGUAAGCGGAAGCGCUAACCCAAGAGYCAAUAUUAUCAGUUGCCAGUGGUUGUCAAAAAUAAUGAUACCCGAUAAUAAAGCAACGUUAUUUAGAGCGAGAGAACAGUCAAGGCUGAUGAAGUGUGGCCCUCUAUGAUAUUGGACCUGCGUUUUAGGUGGUCAUCUGAGCUACAGGCUCUCCAACCUUUUUUUCAGAUAUUUUAGAGCAAAAACACCACCUUGUAGUUAGGCCCCGUCAACACUAUACCGGAUAAAAUAAAAUGAGAAUUUUUAUUUAUCCGGUUAGGCCUACCGUCCACACUAGUCCGGGCGAAUCCGGAACCAUUCUUCACCGAAAACGAUUUUUUCGAAUACGGUCUCCGGAGUGGAACUAUUUGAAAACGCCGGCUAGCCGGGGACAUGCAGAUGUGCCAUGAAGCGUUUUUGCCGCCUCUGAUCGGACUGGUGUGGAUGCGAAACAUUUUACCCGUUUUCAUAUGUGGACGACGAACCUUUUUUUCGGUUUCGGUGUGAAAUUUGCGGAUUCAAAUUUAUCCGACAUAGUGUGGACGGGGCCUUAGAUAUUUUAAGCCCGGCGGUUUGUUCACCGGUACUUGAACCCAAGAGCUUCUGUACAAUAAAAUGGUUUUCGACACCCCACCAGGACAAAAGGGGAACUAUGCUAAGAGGAAUGUGAUUUGCAGUCUAGAAAAUAAUGGUUUUGUUAAUCAAAUUACAUGCAGAGAAUACAGAAUGACGGUUUAAGUUCCUUUUUAUGAUGCAGCACUUAUGUAUUCGACUGGACUUGAAAUAAAUAUUUCCCUCUGAA